AUGAAUCCAUCAACGUUGGCUGCUAGUUUUAUGUUUAACAAUACGCCGAGUUCAAGUGCGGCUAGUAGUACAAUGUACCGGUUGGCCAACUUCAUGGAAUUUUUCUUUGUUGCACACCCAGAUUCUGGCCGUAAAGAAGGUGAAGAAAGCGAACGUAUUUUGUAUUUUGAUCCUGCUAACGAAAGUCUUGAUAAACAGACACAGAUAACGGGUUUUGCCGAAGCAGUUGUGAAUUUUACUAAUAAUUUUGUGGAUGAGAGUGAAGAGAAUGAAGCAGAGUUUCCGUUUCGUUAUGUAAACACUUCCAAGCAGUUGCACGUUUACAUAUUAGUAGAAUCGGAAAAUUUUAUCAUGGGGAUCGGAAUGAACAAGGCUCUCUGUUCGAUGCAGGACUAUACCCUGCAUGCUCCAACCAUUAAAUCAGUCUUAAUUACUGCAUAUUGCAUGUUCCGACUUUUUUUUGGUUCAUUCUCGCAACUAAUUUUUGUUGAUAAGCAGCGUCUCAAAGAUAGGCUGAAAUAUUUUUUCUCAAGAUAUCUCUCUCUUCUUCGCCUUUACCAGAUGCCUUUGGUCGACUUGUUUCGUGGCGUAGACUUCCUCCCUCUAGAUAGUGUGAACUAUUUGAGGGUGGAAAAUCUUAUCGGUCAACUUAAGGAGGCUUUUCCACAAGUUGCAGAAACGAUGUUUCUUUACCAAGAACGCUUGCUUUCAUAUUCGGUCCCAAAGUCAGACCUUCCAGUACUGUUUCAAUAUUUGACUCAAAAUUUGCUCCAUAUGUCGUUAAGAGCGGAACUGCAACCAAAAAACCCUGGAAGGCAUGAUGCUGUUCACCAUCAAGGGAGGUUUUUAACAGGAGCAACAGAUUUCCCUGUAGAAGCCAUGAUCGCAAAGGCUCAAGAAGUGAAAUUCCCUGUUGUUUAUUUUUCAGACGAUGAAGAUCAUGACAAAUUAACUCCUUUUCAGCUGGCAUUUGAAUGGUUUCUACUUCAGAUUGUGUAUCGAGCAUUAAACGCAUCGCUAUGUUUAUUUUUGCGUUGUAGUGCUGAAGCGUCAUUCUUACGAGAUCUGGAUGCUAUGUUAGGACCUGAGUUAAGUACUAUAGCAUCACAAAUCGGUGAUUCAUAUGUUACUCCCGCAAACGAAUUAUCUGCAGAAAAAGAUUUUCAUUUCUUAUAUUAUAAUCCAGCUAGCUUGAGCCUGAAGACUAGUUUCUAUGAACCGACAGGAGAAACAGCAAGGGCUGUAAAUGUUCCUGCCUUGCCAGUUUGUGUUUACAAAUUAGCUUGUGAUGUAGUGGAUGAGUUUUUGGACGACAAGGAUUUUGGGGAGGUUACUGUGAAGUCGGAACCUGACUGGUGGAUCUCUGGGAAACGAACCAACGGUCGCUUGUUGCUACUGAUAAUUCAUAAUCCGUCUUUUGCGUCUCUUACCGAAGUCCAGCAACACGUAUAUAGCAUUAUUAAAACUCACUUUGAUUCGAUUUUUUUGACUUGA